CGCCAACCGUGCAAGGUUUGCCUUGUAGCCGCCAUGUCCUCUCCAAAUGGCGAGACAGGGACGAUGUUCCAAAAGAUGGCGGACCUAAGCGACUUCCCAAAGUACUUACCUCCGGAGGUUGCAGAAGGAUAUGCCGAAGAGAUUGAAGAGCGACAGUCUGUGAUUCUACGACUGUUGUCAAGUGAUCCGGCCCCUCCGCAUUCUUCAGAGCUUGCCUUCGGGCUGCGAUGCCUGAAGAACUUGGAGGAGCAGAAAAUUCCCACCAAGAUCGAAUUCAAAAUCAAAGUGUGUGCUGCUCUCUGGAAGCUCUUGGUUGAAGUUGCCAAAGCCGACGCCCCGCUCUAUGGCUACGCGAAUUGCAGCAAGAUUCUGGACAACUUGCGCUGCUGGCUGUGUCACCUGAACUUGGAUCACAUACAGCCAUUCUGGAGGGCUGAGCCCAACGAGACAGAGGCUGAUCAAGUUGCCAGUCUCUUUGACGUGUUGGAUGUCAAGGUCCCGCUCCACAUGAUAGUCGAAGAGGUCAGGAAGAGUCCUCGCACAGAUUGCUCCAUCAACAAUUCCAAGAGGCGAAGCUAUGUUCAUCACCUUGCGAGUUUGUGCACAACCUUUAGCUACCUCCAAGGUUCCAUCUCUGUUGCUCAGGGUGAGGAGCUGAUGGCAGAGCUAGCCAGUAGGAUUGAUGGCUUCUAUGUGUACUCCCUGUUCUAUGCCAAGAUGUUGGCAGUGCUCACGCCGCGAGCUUGCACUCCGCAGCUGAUCCUCGACGGCCGGCUUUGGUCUUGGUGGUCGCGGGUGCCGGAAGGCUUGCUCCCCAAGUACGACCUCAUGUGGUUCAUGCCGUUGUCGCGAUUUGUGGAGCUGCAGUGGGCAAACCAGCUAGAGGCAGGCCACGCAGAGUGCUCGGCUGCCUUGCGGAAGCAGCUCCCCUGGUUGAUGAACAAGAUCUGCCGCACGCUCUGCUUGCCCUUUGGCUCUCCAGCUGCCAAAGCGGUGGACGGCAAGGGACAGUCAUUCCCGGAGCUUGACCGCUAUCAAAUCCCGGAUGAGAUUGACGCCGUUUUCAUGGGAAACCAGUCUGCUUGGAAGGAUGUUGCCUUCUUCCUGAUAUACAUGCUGGAGCCAAAGCCGACGCAGCCAAAAGAGGAGGUGUGGACGAUUUUGACCCUGCUGCAACGCCGCAUGAGGCCGUUCCUCACCCCAGCAACAUGUCAAGGAGACUGGCUGUGGCACUGUGUGACCCUGCUGCACAGCCUCAUUUCCUUGUACUACCGAAGGAUUUGCAGAGAGCGGCUGCUUGAGUGCACCGCCCUUCCGGAGACACGGCUGACUGCAGAAGCAGACCAAACCUUUGUGGAGCUCAUGCUUCCAUUGGUGCGCGAUUUGAUGAUGCUCCGCGGGGCAUACGAAAUGGCAACAUCAAUGGAGAAUAUUGCGCGGUUGACUCAGAUUUCAGCAAUGCACUCCUCUGCGCCUGUUGUUUUUUCGGAUUCGCCAGCAGAUCCAUUCAGAAUGGACUUCCACUCCAUGGUCAUGCAGUCAACUGAGCUCCUGAAUGAUCCAACGCAAUCUGGGCGCCAUGUGGCGCUACUGCGCGUAUUUUCAUCAGUAGUGCCGGCUCUCAGCUUGCAGAUGCCCUCAGUCAUCGGUGAACUUCUGCCUUUGAUGUUGCAAGGCAUCGAUGCCACAGACAGCCCGAAGACCUUGAGCGCGCUUCGGCUGUUGCUAUGUGUGCUGAUCAACGUGCCAUGCCUGGAUUCCAACGACUGGCAGGGAAGCGAACUGCCGCAGCCGCAAGAGCCGCAUCCUGCGCUUCGCUGGCCCCUUCCAAGAGAAUGUCAACUGAAGGUUGGAGACCCGGACUACGGUGCAACGGGCAUCGUGUCUUCCAUGCUACCUUCUUUUGCCAUUGAUUUGGUUGAGCGGGCCUGUGACUACGUGUCCAGGAUUCCAAAGGCUCGGGCGGUGAAGAACGGGAAAAUCUCAUUAGAGCUUGCUACUAUGGGCUUGCUCCAUGGAGCCCUUGCCAUAGCAGCAUCGCAGACCGACCGGGAAACCUACAAGCAAAUGGUGGAGGUCUUGUGUCAGUUUCUGGGCUCGCACCUGCUUCCGGAUCAAGUGAAACCGGCUGGUAUGGUGGCUUUUGCUAUCUCCCGUGCUUGUCCAGAAGUUGCACUACCUAUGAUGUUGCCGUUAAUGUUCAAAAAGCUGCUUCCACGAGGGUCAAGCGUGCCGUUGCACGAAGCCGGGGUGUCGGAAAGCGAGGCAAAAUGGUGGCUGUCGCUUUUAUCCGCCACCGUGCGCUGUGGGGGGGCAUCCCUGCUGGCCCAUAGGCAGCCGUUGGAAACAAUCAUGCGGUGCGCCUUCUUAGAUGAGCGGGAGGUCGUGACCAAGCUGGGCAUGAAGCUUUUUCGUCGGGUCCUGUACUCGCUGACUUCCACAUAUAUUGGCAAUGACUACCGGCUGUGCGGGGGCACCAUGUGGCAGACUCUGAUGAGCUCUCGAUUGGGAAGUGCUGUGCCGCCGGAGGCAGCGCGAACUCUGCUUUGGUCAGGCGCGCCGCCACCAUGGUGGAUCACAGAUGCUACCCCAUCAGCAGACUGGCACGUGCCUUCCGAGGAUGAAGUGGCAUGGGCUCGGGAUUUGUGCUUCGGUGUUCUGGGCCAGGUCGGAAAGAUGAUCAGUACAGUUUUGCAGGUGCCCAUCCCUGCGCUGGACACAGGAAACUCGGGAUCGCCAUGGCUGGAGGGUCUUGCAACCAGUUUGCCUGCGAAGAAGAAGGCUGCGCACGGAGCUGUGCUGGGAAUACGCCUUGCCAGUCAGGUACUCAGGGGCACUUGCGAUCUGUGGCCAGACGAGAGGGGGCAGGAAGAACUGAAAUCCAGGCAGCUGCCGCCCAACUUGAAGGUGGCCGGCAAUACGGCAGAAGUGAUGUUCAAUUGGUUGUCGGCAGUCCUUCUGUCUUCCUUUCAAGUGCUUGCGGCGCAAGAGCAGUACGGUAUCGUCGCAGAAACCAGCGGGAAGCUUGACCAAAUUGAUGUCUCCAGAGUGAUGCGGAAGUUGCUGAAGUGUGUGGCGGAGCUGGUCGGGGCUUUGGGUGACACACAUCCAAGCAGCUUGCGGCUUUUUCCCAGCCUGCGGCAUGUCGAGAAGCAUGCUCAGGGACUGGCGCUACAAUCAACGUCAUUGGAGAUGCUUCAUCCGCAUUCGAGGUGGAGAGAUCUGCCAAGGGUUUGGUGGGUUGAACGUGUGGCGGACACAAUGGAGAAUCGAAUUCAUGAGCGUCGUGGGGGCCAUCGAUAUGCCGGAAGACGGAAGAAGCUGAUAGAGGAGCUCACAAGGCAAAUCUUCAGCAGUGGCUUUGCCGCAGUGCGGUCUCGCGCGAUGGGAACCGUGGCAAUGGCUGUCGCGUACCAUCAGGGCUGCCGCUGGCCGCUCGUUCAGGAUGUCCUGCUCCCAGCCUUGAGUACUGAGUCCGAUGCGGCACUUCGAUGUGGCUCUCUCUCCGGUGAUGCAGCUGACAGGGAGCAACAGCGGCUGAAUGACUCGCUCUCUGGCCUUGCAGCUGCCUUUGCGGGAGGAAUUCAGGGCUUGGUUUGGGGAGUUUGGCGUCGUGGCAUGGACGAUGCAUCCACACUGGGAUACAGCUUGUGCGAGGCUAUUUAUGCCGCCACGCGUGUGAAUCAAGGAGGCGCUUAUCCCACAGAUUCAGCUCAAAGAUGCGAAGUGAAGCCAACAACAGUUGCGAAAUUGAUCGGCGCAAUGAAGCACUGGCUCGAUUGCAGGGAGGUGCAAAGCUGGGGCACCACUCGGCCUCGCUCUCGAGCACCUGGCUUGGAGGAUGAAUUCCAGGAAGAUUCCAAUAGUUCCAAGGUUGCGCCUGGACUAGCAGCUGUUCGCACCGUGUCCAAGGCUUUGGCCAUUUGCGAUCGCUCAGACUGCCAUUGGCGAGCCCAGAUCAUGGCCACCACCAUGUGCUUGGCUUUGCUCAAUGCCCUUGGCCCCAGUGGCAUCCCACCCAGGUUGAGCUCCGAGGAGCAGGCCGAAGUACAGGAAGUUUGGAGCAAGUGGGCUCGCUGGCUCAUCCGAUGCAUAGAGCCAAAGGGUCAGCCUGGGCUUCAUGCCUUGGCUGUUCAUGGCCUCCUGCUGGUCCUCAAGCGCUCACCAUUGAAAGACAGUCUGUCGGGACUGGGCUUGUCUGACAGCUCAUUCUUUCAAAAUUUGCUUGAGGUGAUGCCCCCCCUGCACCAUGAGGAUUUGAUGGUGACUGCUGAUGACCAAGUUGGCCAGAAGAGCGAGCCCACGCGAGAGCCGGUCCAUGCCAUGACUUCAUCCGUCUUUGACGUUUGGCCAAGGAUCUGGCUGCGGAGAUCUUCUCGAUCGUUUGCAUUGCGGAAUGCGCUGUUUUGGCAGACUUAUGUGAGCUUCCUGAAGUCCCAGAUGGAUAAAGAAGGGCUCGUUGACAUGCUGCGCAAAGGCGCUGAGAAACUGGCAUCUCAGCCCGUCGCUGAAGCCGAAUUCCAUGCAGCCUUCGCAGAAUUUGCCGCCGGCAGCUUGCGAGCAGUGCGAAAACCCGCCGACUCGCAGACUCGGCAAAGCCUGUGGAAUCAACUGCACCCCUGGCUGCUCUCUGAACUGCAGCAGUCAUCUGAAGAGCGUUUAGGUGACUGGUGUGAUGCAGUGCGCUUCGUUGUGACUGGCUGCCGCAGACCGAAGUUGGAGCCCAUGUUCUCUGAUUCUCAGGCGGGCAGUGAGGACUUGCAGUAUCUCAUUCCGCUGUUCAACUUUGUUGUCGGUGGAGAUGGUGACUUGGAAUUCAAUACAUUGAGUUGUGCGCUGGCACCAAUACGCUUUGACUACAGCAAGAGUGCAUCCGACAGUGAGAAGGAGGCGUCAUCGUUUGACGCAUUCAAGCGCUUGCGGCUGCUCCUAUCCUUGCUGAUUGAGCCCUUGGCCACAAAGGUCAUGGCAGCAAGCGAGGAGUUUUGCAGGAAGUUGGUGGCAGUCUUGGAGGAUGGGCUUGGCCAUCCUUACAAGCAGCUCCGAGAAGAAGUGGCCCGGGGUCUUUACUUCAUUGUGCAGGCUGCUUCUCACCAGCACAAAGACGUUUCUGAAGGAGCCUUGCAAACCGUCUCAGCGUCGCUGGGCACUUGGUUUGCUUCAGAAGCUCGCAGGCUGACUUUAUUGUUGCGGGCGGACAAUGCUGCACACACCAAUGCUACGGCAGAUGAUGGUGCAAGGCCAAAGCAUGUUGUUGAGAGUUCCGGCUUGUUGUAUCUUCUGCUGCAUUCAUCCUUGAGCCGGAUGAGUGCAGACUACCUUCGCAAUGCCGCUUCAGAUUGGCUGGGAUUUGUCGCAGCUGCCGCUGCGCAUAGUGACCUGGAGCUUCGUGCCAUCGCACCACAUGCCAUGUCCUUAUGUUGUUGCUCUCACCCCCUACCGCCAUCACUAGAGCAGCCAACGCUGUGGAGCAGCCUUCCCAUGGUGAAAGCCUUGCGACCGCUCAUUAGCGAGCAGGCACUUGAAAAGGAAUUGGAGAAGGCGUUCGCUGCAGGUUUGAAGCAAUCAGUUUUGGCCAACUUCUUCAUUCUCCUCACCGGUGAAGCGCGUGAGAUCUACGAGGAGCUUCGCUCUGCCGCAGAGCGUGCCCUUGGAGUCUCCAAGCCAGAGAUCCGUAGCGCCGCCAGAAGCGCCGUAGCAAGCUUUCUUGCAGUGCAGUGUGAGUCGGAGAUUGUCAGCCGACUCAAGGCACUGAAGGCACUGGCAGGCCCGGCACGGGAUUCCCAGGCAAAGCCUGUGGAGCCAUUCUGCAUCGCCGUUAGCACCAUGGCCUGUAUGCUGCUGACGGCUGCAGAUUGCGGUGUGCCAAGGUGGUCGGGCCAGGCGGUGCAAGCGGUAGCUCCAUAUGGCAAGGUUGGAGUUCAUGAAAUCGCGCGGAAGGAAGUCCAGUCUGCCAUCCAGGCCUUCUUGAAGCUGCAACAGUCCAGCCAGACGUCCUGGACAGAGUGCCAGCUCAAGUUGACCCCGACGCAGCUGGAGCUUUUGAAUGACAACAAGGGCAAGCUAUCCUAUUUCUCAUGAUGUGCGAAAUGAUCUGAGUGGUGACUCUUGCAGUUGUACAGCCUGGAGCAGUCACAAUUUGUAUAGGGUCUGAAAUGAGGCAUGAUCACGAAGAUGCUGCAAGUCUGCAAGCCUGG